AUGGUCGAUCUUGAGGUCCCCAACAACUACACGUUGUCGCCAUCAGAGGCUACACCUCAUUUGACCAUCAAUCAUGACGUUGCCGCAGAUCUAGACUCUAGCAAUGCCUUUGAAGGCCCAGAGAAAUUGCUAGAAGUAUGGUUUGCACCUAGUGCUACGGCUCUGCCUCCCGGAGUCAAGGAACAUGGCUUGAAGUCCGUUCCUUCCGAGACAUGGGUCGGCAUGCUGGAUCUUGUUCACUGCCAGAUCCUCUCUGUCAUCUCGUCCGAGCACAUGGACGCCUACCUUUUGUCCGAGUCGAGCAUGUUUGUUUUCCCCCACAAGCUGAUUUUGAAGACUUGUGGCACAACAACACUUCUCCUCGGACUGAAGCGCCUGCUUCGGAUCGCCGCUAUCGAAGCGGGCUUUCCAUUCCACAAUGUUGCUUCUAUCGAAGAUGAUACCGUGGCGGCCACUCCAUACAGGGUGUUUUACAGCCGAAAGAACUUCUUGUUCCCCGACAAGCAGCAUGGUCCUCACCGCAGCUGGUCCGACGAAGUCAAAUUCCUCGACACUUUGUUCGAAGGUGGCAGUGCGUAUUUGGUCGGGAAGAUGAAUGGUGACCACUGGUACCUGUACAUCACCACACCGAGCCCUCCGCUCACACCUCCCCGUACCCCUGAAAGCGAAAGUGGCAGGGCCACACCGGUCAAGAAUGCCAAGAUCCCGACAGGCUUGGUGCUGCCAUUCGCCGACACCGACGAAGAGGAUAGCAACGAUGAGACGCUCGAGAUUCUUAUGACCGAUCUUGACCCUGAGAAUGCCAAGCAGUUCUACCUGGCACACGCGAGUGCGGUCGCGCGUGACCGGGCUGCUGAGGCUCAGGAGGCAAGACUGUCGGCUGCCGAGCACCUCGGCGCCCUCUCCGAGCCCGUUCCAAAUACCAACGGCUCAGACUCGACAUUCGACGUAUUCAGCAAUGGAAACGAUGCUCCAGCUCACUUGACUGACACGGAAUCUUUGACGACCGAGGGUCAUGCUCUCGGGACUGUUGUUGCAGACCACUGUGGGCUGGUGGACGUUUAUCCAACCUCGAAAUACCCGGACGCUCGCAUCGAUUCGUACCUAUUUUCGCCGUGUGGGUUCUCUGCCAAUGCUGUGAUUCCUGCUCCGCAGCCAGUCCUCGAUGACGCCGCGCAGGGCGACCAAUCCCCCAAAGCAGCUCAUUACUUCACUGUUCACGUCACCCCUGAGCCGAAUUGCAGUUUUGCAUCGUUCGAAACCAAUGUGCCCGGGGGUCAGAAAGGCCGCGAGACGAGCGACGUGAUUGACCAUGUGGUGGGAAUUUUCAAGCCAGGGCGCUUCAUCGUCACGCUUUUCGAAGCCAAGGGGCAAGCCAAGCGGGCCAAUGAUCCUUACAGCUUGCGCAAGUCGCGCACUGAUGCUGUUCGAGGAUAUCGCAGGGUCGACCGUAUCGUGCACGUAUUCGAUGAUUAUGAUCUAAUCUUUGGAUUCUUCGAGCGCGACGGUUGGAUUGGUGAUGGUGGAGCUCGGGUGGGAGAGGAAAUGUAA